AUCGAGUGCAGCGGCGACCGGCGAGUUUCCAAUCGAUUGCCAUCUCCGUUCCUAAAGGGCACCCGAGAAAACAUAACAAGAACAGCCAGCAACUCAUCUUCUACUGUAUUUAUUCUGCUACAAGGUCGGAAAUGGCGACUGCAUCAGUUGCAUUUAAAUCUAGGGAGGAUCAUCGGAAGCAACUAGAAUUGGAAGAGGCACGUAAGGCUGGGCUUGCACCAGCAGAGGUCGAUGAAGAUGGAAAGGAGAUCAACCCACAUAUUCCUCAGUACAUGUCGUCUGCUCCUUGGUAUCUCAAUGCAGAGAGACCAAGUUUAAAACAUCAAAGGAAAUGGAAAUCGGAUCCAAAUUACACAAAAGCCUGGUAUGAUAGGGGUGCCAAAAUCUAUCAGGCUGACAAAUAUAGAAAAGGCGCUUGUGAAAACUGUGGGGCAAUGACACAUGAUUCAAAGUCAUGUAUGGAUAGGCCUCGAAAAGUGGGUGCAAAAUGGACAAGCAAACACAUAGCUCCUGAUGAGAAGAUUGAGACCUUUGAGCUGGAUUAUGAUGGCAAACGUGACCGAUGGAAUGGGUAUGACCCUGGAACCUAUGCCCGUGUUAUUGAGAUGUAUGAGCAAAGAGAUGAGGCCAGGAGAAAAUAUUUAAAAGAACAGCAGCUGAAGAAAAUCGAAGAAAAAAAUAAUAACCAGAAUGCUGAGGAUGAGGUUACUGAUGAUGAAGAUGAUGAAGAUGCGCUGAAGGUUGAUGAAGCCAAGGUUGAUGAAAGCAAGCAGAUGGAUUUUGCUAAGGUUGAGAAGCGUGUGCGCACAACUGGUGGUGGUAGCACAGGAACAGUUAGGAACUUGCGUAUUCGUGAAGACACAGCAAAGUAUCUUCUGAAUCUUGAUGUGAAUUCUGCCUACUAUGACCCCAAAACCCGCUCUAUGCGUGAGGAUCCUCUUCCAGAUGUUGACCCGAAUGAGAAAUUUUAUGGAGGUGAUAACCAAUAUAGAGUGAGUGGUCAGGCGUUGGAUUUCAAACAGCUUAACAUUCAUGCUUGGGAGGCCUUUGAAAAGGGACAGGAUAUCCAUAUGCAGGCAGCUCCUUCUCAAGCUGAACUGCUCUUCAAGAACUAUAAAGUUAUAAAGGAAAAUUUGAAGUCCAAAACGAAAGAUACCAUUAUGGAGAAGUAUGGUAAUGCAGCUUCUGAAGAAGAACUACCAAGGGAGCUUCUACUUGGGCAGAGUGAGAGAGAGGUUGAGUAUGAUCGUGCUGGUAGAAUCAUAAAGGGACAGGAGAUGGCUCUUCCUAGAAGCAAAUAUGAGGAAGAUGUUUACAUCAAUAACCAUACUACUGUAUGGGGUUCAUGGUGGAAGGAUCACCAGUGGGGAUAUAAGUGCUGCAAGCAGACGAUACGUAAUAGUUAUUGCACAGGAGCAGCUGGAAUUGAAGCUGCUGAAGCAGCAACUGAUCUCAUGAAGGCUAACAUUGCUCGUAAAGAGGCAAUAGAAGCGACACCUGCAUCAACUGAGGAGAAAAGGCUGGCUACUUGGGGCACUGAUAUACCAGAUGAUUUGGUGCUUGACCAGAAACUGCUUGUUGAAGCACUAAAGAAGGAGGAUGAAAGAAAGAAGGAAGAGAGAGAUGAAAGAAAGCGCAAAUACAAUGUCCGAUGGAAUGAUGAGGUCACUACUGAGGAUAUGGAAGCUUAUAGGAUGAAGAAAGUCCAUCAUGAUGAUCCAAUGAAGGACUUUCUUCACUAGUAUGGUACAUAGUGUCUUCCAAAGCUUCUGGGACUGUUGCUGGAGUGAAGAUGGAUUUAGUACUGAUUUUGCUGUUGAGCGAUCUCUGCUCCCUCUAGAAUCUCCAUGUCUUGUGUAUAAUCAAUA